AUGGGAGUGUGUAUAUGUAAAGAAUCCCAAUUGAAAAAUCCUCGUAAAGCUCGCAUUCUUUCUACCUCAGAAAUUUCAAACGACGUCAGACUCGAAAGUAAUUUUAAAUUAGGCAUCAGAGAUAAGUACGAAUUUUUAAAAGUCUUACCCCCCUCCGUGAGUGAACAAAAAAAUUUUGCCCACUCAUGGAGGGGGGUUAAUUUUUUUUUUUAAAAAAUUUAUAUAUAAAUUUUAUAGAACAAUUUUUUAUCGAAAUUUUAGAAAAAUCCUAAUUUGCAAAAAUUGGGGAGCAAAUAUUAAUCUAAUUUAUAAAAUUUAUGUUUUAAAGCGCAAUUUGUUUAAAAUUAAACAGAAUUAGCUCUAGAUUUCAUUAUACUAAUUAUCAAUUAUAUAUCAAUUUUUUUUUUCAUAAAACCUUGUUUCUAUUUAAAACAAUUUUUGUUUGCAAUGGAUUGUGGGUUUUUGGGAUUUUUCCAACGGUUUUGCCCACUCUCGGAAGGGGAGUUAGGUUAUGGACAAUUUGGAACCGUCAGAGAAGCAAAAAAGAUUAGAGACAUUCAUAUGGAAAAAACAUACGCGAUUAAAUCUAUAUGCAAAGACAAGGUCAAAAAGAACCUAGUGACAAUGAAAAGAGAACUCGAUAUUUUAAAACUUGUGGAUCAUCCUAAUAUAAUAAAACUGUAUGAGAUUUAUGAAGACGCCAGAUAUAUCCACCUUGUUAUGGAAUUGUGUACUGGAGGAGAUAUUUUUGACUAUAUUCUAAAUAAGCAGGUGCUGACUGAAGAUGAAGUCGGGAAAAUCAUGAAGUGUAUGCUCUCAGCUGUUAACCAUUUGCAUAGCUUAAAAAUAGUCCAUAGAGAUCUAAAGCCAGAGAAUUUUUUGUUUGCGAGCAAAGCGCAUGAUGCUGACAUAAAACUAGUGGAUUUUGGAAUGUCAAAUAAAUUUGGUGAAGACCAUACUCUUCAUACUAUGGUAGGGACUCCCUAUUAUGUAGCUCCAGAAGUGCUGAAAGGAAAUUAUGGAAAAGAGUGUGAUGUCUGGUCACUAGGCGUUUUAAUGUAUUUUAUGCUUUCAGGAACCCAUCCAUUCCGUGCGAAUGAUGUUAAAGGUCUUUUUAAAAAAAUUGUUAAAUGCGAAUAUAUGCUUUUUUAGGCUGAUUUUAAGCUAUCUGUCACAGAAAAAAUCUUGUAUUAUCGAUUCAGCAAUUAAAUGAGCCUUAGUAUAACUUUGAUGAUGAAAGAUGAACAGUCAUUUCAAAACAUGCAAAAAGCUUAAUCCAAAAGCUUCUUGUGGUGAACCCUCACCAUAGGAUUUCUAUCAAAAAUGCCUUGAUCCAUCCAUGAUUUCACUAUCUAGGACAAAAACACCAAGCUCAGCAUAUCAAGCUUGAAAUUUUUAAUUCAAUUAAAAGCUUAAAAGCUCCAAGCAAAUUGUGGCAAGAAGCCAUGAAAGUUUUCGUUAGGGAUUUAUCAGAGGAACAAAUAGCUGAGCUACAGGCAGCAUUUCAAGAAAUUGAUCAAAGCAGAACAGGAUUUAUCACAGCAGAAGAUAUUUCUGACGCAAUGAGAAGAAAUGGCUACUCCUUAGCUAGUGAAGAGAUAUCCUCUUUAAUAGAACAAAUUGAUUAUAUAGGUAACGGAAAAUUAAAUUACACACAAUUUCUUAUAGCAGCAAUGGACAGAAAAAGGCUACUUGACGAAGAGUCAAUGUGAAGCACUUUUAAGCAUUUUGAUGUUGAUAAUAAUGGGACAAUUCAAGUAGAAGAGCUAAAAUUUGCAUUGGAAAAAGCUGGGUGCUUCAUAUCUGAGUUAGAUAUGGUUGAGAUAUUAAAUGAGUUUCAGCUAAAAGCUGGGAAUGGGAUGAAUUUUGGGGAUUUUAAAGAAAUUAUGACUUGCUUUUCAGAAGAUGCCUCAGCUUUGCCAGAAGAGGCAAAUGAUGGGAGAGGGAAAGAAAGAAAAGUGACGAGGAGACUUUCACAGAAACGAUUGACUGUUAGAAGGGCUACCCAAAUGGCUAAAAAAGAAGAAAUUGCUAAUCAAAACUAA